AUGGCUUCGCCCGCCAACGGGGCGACCGACUCGCAGCAGCAGACGCCCGCUCAGGAGGCUGCUUCGAGGAGCAAGAAGGAGUGCCGAGUCUACGUCGGCAACCUCAGCUACGACGUCAAGUGGAACAUUCUCAAGGACUUCAUGAGGGAGGCUGGCAACGUCGUCUUCUCGGAGGUCCUUUCUCUCCCCAACGGCAUGUCCAAGGGUUGCGGUAUCGUCGAAUACGAGCGACCUGAAGAGGCACAGCGCGCCAUCAAGGAGCUCAGCGACACUCCUCUGCUCGGACGACCCGUCUUCAUUCGCGAGGACCGUGAGCAGGAGGCUCGCUACGGUGUCCCCGCAUCCAUGGGCCGUGGUGGCUUUGGCGGCCGCGGUGGCUUCGGCGGUCCCCCUCGUGGUGGCUUCGGCGGCGGUUUCGGUGGUCGUGGCGGCUACGGUGGUGGAUACGGAGGAGGAUACGGCGGGGGUUAUGGUGGCGGGUACGGCGGAGGGUACGGCGGUGGCUUCAACGGCCCCCCUCCCCCUUCAAUGGCUCCCCCCGGCGCCCAGCUCUACAUUGGCAACCUCCCCUUCCAGGCUGGCUGGCAAGAGCUCAAGGAUCUCUUCCGCACUGCUGGCAACAUCGUCCGUGCUGACAUCAACAUGGGCCCCGACGGAAGGCCCAAGGGAUCCGGCAUCGUCGUCUUUGCUACGCCCGAGGACGCUCAAAACGCCAUCCAGAUGUACAAUGGCUUCGACUGGAACGGACGUCAGAUCGAGGUUCGCGAGGACCGCUUCGCUGGAGGCUUCGGCGGAGGAGGAUACGGUGGUGGCUUCGGCGGCCGUGGUGGCUUUGGUGGAGGCUACGGCCCCCCUCGUGGUGGCUUCGGUGGUCCCCGCGGUGGCUUCGGCGGUGGAUUCGGUGGUCGAGGCGGCUACGGUGGUGGUAUGGGUGGUGGCCCUCACGGCGGCGCUGGCGGCUACCAGCAACAGCAGCUCCCGCCUGCUGACCCCUCGAUGCAGAUCUUCGUCAAGAACCUCCCCUGGUCUACUUCCAACGAGGAUCUCGUUGAGCUCUUCCAAACCACGGGCAAGGUCGACGAGGCCGAGAUCCUCUUCGAGGGCGGUCGCUCCAAGGGUGUCGGUGUUGUUCAGUUCGCCACCGUGGAGGAGGCAGAGACGGCCAUUGCCAAGUUCUCCAACUACGUCUACGGCGGUCGCGCCCUGGACAUUGAGUUCAACCGCAACUGGCGUGACUUCGAGGGACUGCGCAACUCUUCUGGUGGCGCCGCUGCCACGGGUGGGGCUGCUGCACCUCACGCCGAGGGCGGGGACGCUACCAUGGCCUAAAGAAGGUGAUGAAGUCAAGUAGGCGGCGAUUGGAUGGCGAGGGCGCAUAACAGUGUUGGGGACGAAGAACAUCAACACGAUCAAGAAUAGGUGAUCGACUCUCAGCCCAUUGAAUUUUCCCUUUUAUUUCGCAUCUCCGCCUUGCCUCAAUACCCUCUCGCUCGUCCACCAACCCCCUCCAACCACCACAAAACGUGCAAGUGCGCCCUCUUUAUCUCUUCCCCUUCUCUCUCGAAAAUCAAAAGCUGUUCUCUCUCUCUCUCUCUGCUCCUUUUCAAUACUGCCACCUGGCCCCUGCCUCAGAGAUGGCCGCCGCUGAAGACCUGCCAACGCGAGGAAACGCGCUGACGUCUCGUACGCUCUCUCGAUUUGCAAGCCAGGCGACGAGUCGCUCCAUGCCGAUACCGAAACCGCCGUGUGGCGGCAUGCCGGAGGAUCGUAGCGAGUCGACGUACCAUGCAUUGAGGGCCG